UGAAACGUCAAAACAAAUCAACACUUCGCUGACGAAAGCAAAUCACAGCUUUUCGUUUUUCUCACGCCAAAGUCUCCUUGCAGAUGGCCACAUAAUUGGGGCACCAUGUAUUCCGAGUGGGCCUCACUGUAUCCGAUUAUAGCGGAAAACAUUACCAACGCCCAAACGCAGAGCGUGCUGGGAAAGUUCAGCAUCGUCGGUGGUCGGGAUGUGGCAGCUGUGGUUAUCAAGCAAUUGGCCAGCACUCUGGGCAUCACCAACAAUGCAGAACCGAGCAAUCUGCACACGGACCAAGAGGUCCAAUGGUGUAUGGAUGUAAUCUGUCACGGAUUGUCGCUGCCCCUGUCGGAACACGACAUCAUCAAGGAUGGGGUAAACAUUUACUGCGAGUGGAUCAGUGCCGUACUGCCGCAGACCAAGAUCAGUGUUCCACGCCCCAUUAUUGACGAUCCGAACACAUACGUGCGGAAGAUAGUCAAACAUUUGUACAACCUGUUUGUGCCUCGCCCCGGGGAAGUCUGGCCUUUCAUUUACGAACAGGAACUAGGAACGGACACCAUCAAUCGGCAGGCCGUCCUGUGCCAUCGCGUGCUGCGUACACUACAGGACACCGCCCAAAACUCGCAAAUACUCACGGUCGAAACGUGGGAAGCGCUGCUCCUUUUUCUGCUGGCUAUCAAUGAAAUUCUGCUGGCUCCACCGAUCGUCAAGGAUGAUGUAGGGGAUCAGCUGUGCGAGCGUGUGCUGAGCGUGCUGUUCGAGGUUUGGCUUUUGGCCUGCAGCCGAUGCUUUCCAUCGCCGUCGUUGUGGAAAACUUUCCAGGAAUCGUGCGCUGCCUGGCGCCACCGUAUCGCGCUAGUAGAGCAGUGGAACCGGGUGAAUCUGGGACUGACAGCAAAGCUGCUCGAGUUUACUUACGGCCCAGCGUUUCCUGAAAUGAAAAUAGCUGAGGAAGACGCACAUCUGGUGCCCGACGGUAUGACCAACGAUGGAAUCGCACAAGCUUGGAUACGCUUUCUGAAGAUCCUCGGAGCACCGACCGACCUGUGCUGUCCGCAGGUGAUCAGCCGCACCCCACAAUUCGUGCAAGCCGUCCUACUCAACGCUGACGGCAUCGAACCGCAACACCAUCCCUGUUUGCUGAACCUUCCGCAAAUCUUCCUGAAGACUCUAAAAGGAAUUGCCGGCUUGGUGGAUGCGUUCCUCGGCAUAGCCCAGUUUAGAAUGGACGAGAAUGCUCUCAUAGAAAACUUCAAUCAGCUGACAUUCUCGAGCGCUGGUGGUGGUGGUGGAAUGCAAUCCAGUAGUGGAUCGGUAAUUAGCUUUAGACACUCAGGAGGCGAGAUCAAAACGAGUGCCCUGCGCGCCAGCGGCGGGCUUGGGGGACUCGGCCUUGGAGCUGCGUUGGGCGUUGUUGGGGCUGGCGGCAGCAGUUCGACCACCGGCCCCAAUGCUGUCCCUGGUGGAGGUAGUAGUAGUGGUGGUAGUGGUGGCGGUGGUGCUGGUACUGGAAGCAGUGGAGUCGGUUGCAUAAACAGUGUUAAUAUUGUAGGCUGUAGUUCGAAUUCCGUCGCCGCUGGGGUUCACCAGAACAGCGGCAAUGGAGGAAGCACGCCGGGGGGUUUUGGUUUUUCGUACGAUGCAUCGUCAGCAAAUCAGGCCGAUAGUUCGGGAUUUUGCAAUGGCAAGUCGUCGUUGUUCAUCGCUGACACUAACGGAUCGGCAAACUCGCCAACGCCUCCGCUACAGCGCCGUUUGGCGAAAAGCUUCAGCGUCGCUCCGUCGCUACCGUCAGCCCAUGCCGUCAUCUCGAUGGCAUCGCAAGCCAAGGGCUUUACAAAAGGUUCAUUUAGUGGACUUACUAGCAGUCGAAGCUCGUCCAACCACCCGACCAAUGCGCCCCAAUCGUCCUCGCUGCCGUCAACUGGAUUUUCCUCCAUGCUCUCUUUAUGCCAGGAAAAUCGAUAUCCCUUAGCGGCAAACCGUCCCAGAUGCAACAGCAUUUUGCACCUCUUCGGCGAGUGGCUGUUCGACGCGGCUCACAUAGGCGGAGACACGUGGAUGCAAAACACCAAAAAGCGUGCGGCCGAAGCAAAACGGCGCCCUUCCUCCAUGAUCAUGGACAACCGCAAGGGCAGCCUGUCACAGCCACCGUCCCUGUCCGAGGUGAACGACGUUGCACCGGGUCUUACGAUCGACAAGUACGAAUCGGGCAAGGCGGAAGCGCUCGGUGCGCUGUGCCGCAUAUUUUGUGCAAAGAAAACGGGCGAAGAAAUCCUACCCGUGUACUUGGCUCGCUUCUACAUGGCACUGCACCAGGGUCUCAAAACGAACGACAGCCGGGAGUGCAUGGAAACUCUGGCCAGCAUUCUGUACAACUCGUCGGACCUGUUUCGCAUUGACCUGGAAGGAAUUCAGGUGCUGCUGCCAUCGUUCAUCGGCGCCUUGGAGCUUAUUCUGCCCGAGAAGGAGCUAAAGCUGCGGUCGCAAAAUGUGGUCCUUAACAAAACUGAACUGCGGCGGGCGGCCAUCAACAUUCUGCUCUCCAUAUUGGCCUUGCCGCUCCACUUCCAGACACUUCCCAUUCGGGAUAUCAUGGGUGGACCAAGUGACAGAAGUAUCACCUUCAUUCACCUCAAACCGCGACUCAUAAACAUUCUCAUGAACGCUCUGCAAGUGGAGACGGACCCGCAAAACACACACAUGCUACUGGGCGGAUUGCAUCUGUGCGUUCAGGACGCUGUCACGUUCGAAGAGACGGAAAAGGGGUCCGCAGAAGUAUUGCAUUCGCUACAUCCCACGGCCGAAACUGCCAACUUGCUCAGCUCGGCCUGCUCCGAGAAGAGUGCCUACUCCAUGAACAGCGCCAAUUCCAGCAUCGGUGGACACAGUACCGCAACACUUAGCAAUGAACCUUCUAGUUUGCCGGCUUUUGAUGAUUUCUCAUCCGACAUUAUUCAUGAGUUAGAAUUGAGUUCAUCUGCAAUUUAUGAUAGCGCCCAUGCGUUGUUUGUACGAGCGACCUAUCUGGUGUGUCACCGUUUGAUUUCGUCGUGGAAAACCGACCUGAACGUGUCCCUCGCUGCGCUGGAACUAUUGACCGGUUUGGCGGGAAUGCACGUUAAAGAUUCAGACGUGUUGGAAUGUAAGCGGGCAGUGAAGUGGAUUUGCGACUACAUUUGCUACCAAUGUUCGAGACCACCGCCGGCACACAUCAAGGAUCUGCACAGCACCAUCGUGGCAGCGUUCCAGUGUACCUCGGCCUGGCUGAUGAACCAUCCGUACUUACUGCAGGAUAAAGAGUGCCUCACGAUCGUACUGGAAGUGGUUGAGUUGGGUAUAUCGGGAUCGAAAAGUGUCGGCAAACCGGGCGAGCCGGUCAGGUACAAGGACGAGAAGGAGCUCAAACCGGCCAGUAUGCGGGUGCGCGAUGCGGCGGAAAACAUGCUUACCAUGAUACUGGAGCAAAUCGAUUACUUUCCCAAUGAGUGUGGCAAGCAAUCGCUGUCGUCGCUGUUGGAUGAAGUGGUGCUAGCAAAGCAUUCCAACACUUCCGGCGAGCACGUCGGCGAGCUGCCCCACGAGCAGGCGAUAAAAAAGUUUAAAUACUUUGUGACGGAAAACUCGACCGUGCUGGCGCUGUUUGAGGAACCGCUGGGCAACGACCAGGAUCCCCAGCCGACGGUUACAAUUCUUAUCCGUGGUCCAUUCGGUCGCCAUGCCUGGACAAUGCAGUUGCGCCAUCUGUCCCGCAGCAAAUCGGGCACAAAAUAUCAUGCUCCUAACCCGGGCCGACCUGUACCGAUGAACGACAUUAUGAUGCGCCAGGAGGUGGAAUAUAAGUAUUUUCCGGACUCGGUCGAUCGCAUUCCUCCGUGCAUUGUGGACUAUUCGAUCCCAACGCUUGAUUCGGCGGAGCAAAAGAUUGGCAAUCAGUCCACGAAACAGCUGGCCCGUUUGGUCGAGCAGCAGGUUGGGUAUGAGAAGCUCUCGUGGGCUGAAACGGAAUGCUCCGUCGACGGGCUGGGGCAUGCGCAGGAAGCUUCACCACCAGCUGUGUGCCACGAGUUUCAAGCGGCGCGACUUUUCCUGUCCCACUUUGGCUUUCUUACGAUCGGUCAAAACAAUGGUGCUGGACAGAAGGUCGACGGAAGUGCUCCGCUGCUAACGACUCUCGAUUCGUCCAAGCCGGAGUUCUGUCAAGACUUGAAAAUAUUGGACAAAAUGUCCCCCCGCUCUUGUGACACCAUACACGCGUUCUAUGUGAAGGCCGGCCAGAGCACGGAGGCAGAAAUCAUCGGGAACAUGGAUCCGGAUAGUUUGCCGUCCAUUGAUGCUCAUUUCUGGCGGAUGCUGUACACAAUUGGGUGGCCGGUAAACGUUCAGGAGCACGCAGGCUGGACGGGUUUCAUCGGAAACAGUUGGAAGAUUCCACGCGAGAAUAAAGCAACUCCACAGCAACACGGUGACGAACCGAAGGGUGCUCGAUCGCCAGAGGAAUGGAACCUGAACGGCGAGAAAACGGUGCUGUACUGGGCAGACGUUUCCUCCGAGAUGGCAAUCGUGGUGCCAAACCGUAACAACAAGGUCGACAUCACUGUGGACGAUAGUACCGACGGAACCAGCUGCCCGUCCACUACGUACGAGCGUAGCGUGAGCGAAAUUCAACCCCGCUCGUCCUCCAUCUCUUCCAAUCAUCAACCGCGCCAGUUCUCGCUGGACAGUGAAUCUGCUCGCUUCGGUUCGAUAAGUAAAUCGGCCGAUCCGAUUCCACCUAUGCGCCGGCGAACCGGAGCCUCCAAGCCCAGCACGCUGUACACGGCGCCAACGGCAAAGGUUUUGCUCGUCUGGUUGGAAAGCUUCGAGGAUCACCUAACGUUCCCGAUCGACAGCCUUUUGCACUACACUCGAGCGGGAUACGCCACUCAGCACGGUUCCGCUGCAGCUGCGAGUUCGAGCGAAUGUUUCAUCAUAUACCUGCACGCACUGUCCUCGAGCUUGCUGCGCGUGAAACUGCAAGGACCGGUGGGACGGAUGAACUUUGCCAUCCCGCUGAUCGACGGUAUGGUCGUCAGUAAGCGAGUGAUUGGAUCGCUCAUUCGUCAAACCGCGUGCAAUAUGGCCAAACGGAAACGCCUGGACAAUGAUUCUUACCAACCUCCGCACGUUCGGCGUCGCAUCAAGAUUCAAGAGAUCAUGCACAAGUACAAGAAAGAUCUGACCGAGGCAGAGAUGCUGGCUGACCUGUUCAAACCGUCAAUAUAAGGGGCGGUUUUCGGCGGUGCUUAAAAGUAUUACGCUAAUUUAUGCCUAAUCCAAAUGUAGUUUUAUUUCGUUUCGGAAUAAUAGAUUUUAAUAUUUAACAGAAAACGUUAUACAAUUGCUAACAAUUGUUGCGAUAAAAUAAAACACUCCGAUAGCAAGUAUUUACUGCACUGACAUUGAA